UAAAUUUCUUUCCACCUUUAGGCUUGCCUUUUUUGUGUUUCCCUAAUACAGUCGCUGCGCAGCUUUAAGCUCCGUCUCCGUCUCCGUCUCCGUCUUUGUUUCUUUAUCUAUCCUUCAAACUCUCUUACGUGCUGCGGCUUCAUUCUGCAAAAGGGUUGGUUUACUCUCUGCCUCUAGAUUCGAUCAAAUCUUCAAGGGUUUUGGUAGCUUUUCUCGGAGCUGCAAGCUUUACCUAUCUGUAACCAACAGCAGCAGCAAGUGAUUGGUCUGUAUCAUUUGUCAACGCUUGUAUUGAGAAAGUCAUGGUGAGUCCAUUUGGGCAAAUGGGUAUCCGGGAUUUAGGACCGCCAUGGUUGAGACCAAUGCUCAGAGCAAGCUACUUCGUCCCCUGUGCAGUUCAUGGGGAUUCUAAUAAAAGUGAAUGUAACAUGUUUUGUUUGGAUUGUAUGGGUAAUGCUCUAUGUUCUUAUUGUUUGAUCCAUCACAAAGAUCAUCGAGUUGUCCAGAUAAGGCGAUCUUCUUACCAUAACGUGGUGAGGGUUAAUGAAAUACAGAAGUAUAUCGAUAUAUCCUGCGUCCAAACUUACAUCAUCAAUAGCGCCAAAAUCGUGUUCCUGAACGAGCGGCCACAGCCAAGGCCUGGAAAAGGCGUCACCAACACUUGCGAGAUUUGUUGCAGAAGCCUCCUCGAUUCCUUCAGAUUCUGUUCUCUUGGAUGCAAGCUGGGAGGCAUGAAGCGAGGUGACCCAGACCUGACAUUUACACUGAGAAUGAAGCACAACAGGGAUCCAUAUUCUGUUGGGUCUGAAUCCGAUGAGUCCUCUACUCCAAAGAAGAUACAAAAGACUCAAACUUUCAACAGGCUAAUGGAUGGACUUUCAAUAUAUUCUUCAGAUGGGCAAAGCUCAGGUGACGAGGCCACUACCAAACUUUCUCCAUCCACUCCUCCCAUUGACAAUCUCCGCAAUGCAAGAAGAAGAAAGGGUAUUCCUCAUCGUGCUCCAUUUUGAGUUCUUCUCAAAGUUUGAAAAGAAAAAAAAAAGCAUAAGAAAAAGGAAGAAACACCAUACAUAGAAAAUGGGAAAUAAUGUUUAAUUAGCAAGUAGUGAAAGAUGACAUAUAACAAAUAGGGAGAAAAAGGAUUGUUAUAGCGUCGAGUUUGUUGUGUAAAUAGUAGAAAAUCAAGGGAGACAGUCCCUUCAUAUUUAUUAGUUAGUGUUAGGGACUGGACUUGGUUUCUGGGAUGGAAAUGUCUCUUAGGAUAAGUUUUAAAAACAUGGGUAUGAUGAGAUGGGUAAUAAUAAUGGAGUUGGCAUGUUAUAAUGGGGUUGUGUACAGAACAGAAGAAUGUAUUUUGUCUAUAUAGAUAGUGAUGUUUUUAAGUUUGUA